GCAGUGGGAAGGGGAGGAGGAAGAAAACGAAAAGGAGCAAGGAGAGGAGGAGAAAGAGGAGGAGGAGGAGAAAAGCGAAGAAAAACAGACGGAGCCCGGGAGGCGAGAAAGCAAGAGAGGAAGAAAGAGGCAGAAAGGGCGUGUUUAGGCGCUACGUCUCCCCUCCCCUUUCUCAGGUCCCAGCUCCGGCUCCUGCUCCGCGCUCGCUCUCCGGCUCCAGCUCCCCGCAGGCGAAGCUGGGCGUCGGGUGCGAUAGCCCGGGCCGCCCCUCGGGCCGCCGCCCCGCGCCUGGCCGCGCUCCCCACCGCGCGCUCCGCACGCCCAGCCCGGAUCCCCCGCGGGGCGCCCUCCAGUCCCCUCCCCCUCUGCCUCGCGCCCUCUCUGGGGCUGCGACACCCCCGCGGCCCCGCCGCGCGGAGCUCCAGGCCAUGGGCUCGGGGCGCGUCCCCGGGUUCUGCCUGCUCGUCCUGCUGGUCCACGCGCGCGCCGCCCAGCAUGGCAAAGCUGCGCAAGAUGUGGAUGAGUGUGUGGAAGGGACUGACCAUUGCCACAUCGAUGCCAUUUGCCAGAACACGCCACGGUCGUAUAAGUGCAUCUGCAAGUCCGGCUACACCGGGGAUGGCAAACAUUGCAAAGACGUGGAUGAGUGUGAACGGGAGGAUAAUGCAGGCUGUGUGCACGACUGUGUUAACAUCCCUGGAAAUUACCGGUGUACCUGCUACGACGGGUUCCACCUGGCGCACGACGGACACAACUGUCUGGAUGUGGAUGAGUGUGCUGAGGGUAACGGUGGCUGUCAACAGAGCUGUGUCAACAUGAUGGGCAGCUACGAAUGCCACUGCCGAGAAGGCUUCUUCCUCAGCGACAACCAGCACACCUGCAUCCAGCGGCCAGAAGAAGGAAUGAACUGCAUGAACAAGAACCACGGCUGUGCCCACAUCUGCCGGGAGACUCCCAAGGGCGGCAUUGCCUGUGAAUGCCGCCCUGGCUUCGAGCUCACCAAGAACCAGCGGGACUGUAAACGCCUUGGGAUGCUAACGGGAGGAUGCUCAGUGCCUCCAGGACAGGCCGAAUCACUCCAGGUCCUCGUGCAGGUUCCUGCAGUACUGGGGCUGAUGGCUUUCUCUCGGACCUCCUCUCCAAAGCGGCUGUUUGAGCCGUUUCCCUUGGGCCAGGCCUCUCAGCAGGCACAGGACCGAUGGAGCUCAACAAGGUGGCUGAGGCCUUCCCUCAGGCCAGUAACCCCAUCGCUACCCACACCUCCCUCCACAGAGACCUGUGCCAUCAACAAUGGGGGCUGCGACAGUAAAUGCCACGACGCCGCGACCGGGGUCCACUGCAGCUGCCCUGUGGGCUUCAUGCUGCAGCCAGACAGAAAGACCUGCAAAGACAUCGACGAGUGCCGCUUAAACAAUGGGGGCUGUGACCACAUCUGCCGCAACACGGUGGGCAGCUUCGAGUGCAGCUGCAAGAAGGGCUACAAGCUUCUCAUCAACGAGAGGAGCUGCCAGGACAUAGACGAGUGCUCCUUUGAUCGAACUUGUGACCACAUGUGUGUCAACACACCAGGAAGCUUCCAGUGUCUCUGUCAUCGUGGCUACCUGCUGUAUGGUGUCACUCAUUGUGGGGAUGUGGACGAAUGCAGCGUCAACAAGGGAGGCUGCCGCUUUGGCUGCAUCAACACCCCCGGCAGCUUUCAGUGUACCUGCCCAGCAGGCCAGGGCCGCCUUCACUGGAACGGGAAGGAUUGCACAGAGCCAGUGACCUGUCAGAGCAGUCCUGGGGCCUCCAAAGCCAUGCUCAGCUGCAGUCGGUCUGGCAAGAAGGACACUUGUGCCCUGACCUGCCCUUCCCGGGCCCGGUUUUUGCCAGAGUCCGAGAAUGGUUUCACCGUGAGCUGUGGUACCCCCAGCCUUAAAGCUGCUGCAGCCCGAGGCACCCACCCUGGAAACAGCACCACCUCAAACUACUGCCAUGAGGCUGCAGCCCUGUCCGUCAAGCAGCGGGCCUCCUUCAAGAUCAAGGACGCGAAAUGCCGUUUGCAUCUGCGAAACAAAGGCAAAGUGGAGGAUGUCAGCAGAAUCCCAGGGCCAGGUGGCGCCACCUGCUCCGACUGCCAAGUCACCUUCAUCCACCUUAAGUGCGACUCUUCUCGGAAGGGCAAGGGCCGACGGGCCCGGACUCCUGGCAAGGAGGUUACCCGGCUAACCCUGGAAUUAGAGGCCGAGGUCAGAGCAGAAGAAACAACAGCUGGCUGUGGGCUGCCUUGCCUCCGGCAGAGGAUGGAACGAAGACUGAAAGGGUCCCUGAAGAUGCUCAGAAAGUCCAUCAACCAGGACAGAUUCCUGCUGCGUCUGGCAGGCCUUGACUAUGAGCUAGCCCACAAGCCAGGCCAGGUGGCUGGGGACCGAGCAGAGCUGGCGGAGGUCUGCAGGCCUGGGCAGCACCGGGCAGGCACCAAGUGUGUCAGCUGCCCGCAGGGAACGUAUUACCACGGCCAGACGGAGCAGUGUGUGCCAUGCCCAGCGGGCACCUUCCAGGAGAGGGAAGGGCAGCUCUCCUGCGACCUUUGCCCUGGGAGUGAUGCCCAUGGGCCUCUUGGAGCCACCAACGUCACCACGUGUGCAGGUCAGUGCCCACCUGGCCAACAUUCAGUAGAUGGGUUCAAACCCUGCCAGCCAUGCCCACGGGGCACCUAUCAGCCUGAAGCAGGACGAACCCUGUGCUUCCCCUGUGGUGGAGGCCUCACUACCAAGCAUGAGGGGGCAGUCUCCUUCCAGGACUGUGACGCCAAGGUCCAGUGCUCCCCAGGCCACUACUACAACACCAGCACCCAUCGCUGUAUCCGCUGUGCCAUGGGCUCCUACCAGCCUCACUUCCGCCAGAACUUCUGCACCCGCUGCCCAGGAAAUACAAGCACUGACUUUGAUGGCUCUACCAGUGUGGCCCAGUGCAAGAAUCGGCAGUGUGGGGGGGAGCUAGGUGAGUUCACUGGCUACAUCGAGUCUCCCAACUACCCGGGCAACUACCCGGCGGGCGUGGAGUGCAUCUGGAACAUCAGCCCCCCACCCAAGCGCAAGAUCCUCAUUGUGGUCCCCGAGAUCUUCCUGCCAUCCGAGGAUGAGUGUGGGGACGUUCUCGUCAUGAGAAAGAACUCCUCCCCAUCCUCCAUCACCACUUAUGAGACCUGCCAGACCUAUGAGCGGCCCAUUGCCUUCACGGCCCGGUCCAGGAAACUCUGGAUCAAUUUCAAGACGAGUGAGGCCAACAGCGCUCGUGGCUUCCAGAUUCCCUACGUAACCUACGAUGAGGACUAUGAGCAGCUGGUGGAAGACAUAGUGCGGGACGGCCGGCUCUACGCCUCUGAGAACCACCAGGAGAUCCUGAAGGACAAGAAGCUGAUCAAGGCCUUCUUUGAGGUUCUGGCCCACCCCCAAAACUACUUCAAGUACACGGAGAAACACAAGGAGAUGCUGCCGAAGUCCUUCAUCAAGCUGCUGCGUUCUAAAGUCUCCAGCUUCCUGAGGCCUUACAAAUAGUGCUCGGGGGCCUGGAGCCCCAGGUCUCAGAGCUCCGACUCCCUGCCCUCAGAGCUGGCCCCCCAACUCAGACAAGAAACUGGCCUCUCCUUUGGGAGGAGAAACAUCUCUACACCAGGCACUAUCCCCUCUGUCUUCCUAGUUAUCUUGCCCCCGCCCCCCUACACUUUUUUCUUACGUGUUUCCUGGAAAAGCCAUUCAGUGCUGUCCCUGUCCCUUCAGAGGUGAAGGAAUAGAACCCCCUCUCCUCUGGCCAGCUCACCAGCUCACAUCCCUACCCCCCCCCCCCCCCCCCCCCCCCCCCCCCGUCAGUCUGGAAGGGUGUUGGAGGCCUGGAAUAGGAUCUGGCCUGCUAGGAAGUAGGUGGGGUGGGUAAGAAAGGCUUCUGCCAUUAUAGGGUUGUGCCUUUACUAGCCAGGAGCCAAAAUGUCCCCCGCUGUGCUCCCCAGAAUAACUUUACAGCCCAGAGCCCUGCCAGAGAAGCUCUGACCAACUUUAUGCCAACCCAGGCUGCAAGGCACAGUCUGAGCCCUGGGUGCCCGCACAGCUGGCAUUCUUAUCUGUACAGCUUUUCCUGUCUGCCUGGGGCUGAGUCCCUAGGGUCUACAGGUGGUCCAUACCACUAGGCUGGCGAACCCUGGCUGAGUAGAAAGAGCAACAGGUAUCAUUUUGUAUGCCAGAGCACAACUGGGGCUCCCGAAGACAAUGCUCUCAGAUAGCUCUGGGACAGAAGCAGGUUUUUUAAACCAUUGCCUAAAACAGAAAAGGAAAUUUAUUCCCUAAAGGACUGGGCUGCAGAGCAAGUGGAAGCCAGCCUCAGACACUAACCCUUUUCUUGCCAGCCCUCACUGGCCCACCAUGCCCUCACCCGCCUAAGUGUUCCCCGGGGAAGGCUUACUCCCCUUGCUAAGUGCUGUCCUUAAAGAAUCCUGGCCAUUGACCCCCACCAGCCUAGAACUUGCUCCACAGUUGUUUUGCCCUUGGAGCACCAGAUGGCUGGUGGGCUCCACCAAAGAGGACCCCACUCUGCAGCCAGUCUGGAGCUGCUUACCUCUGCCCUCGGGCUGUGGGCAGCAAGAAUGUGUGCCCUUGGCAAGCCACCUGCCCAUCCUGUCCACAUCUGAGAAGUGCAAUCAUUGAGUCUUUCUAUGUCUUCUAGAGGGAGGGGUUUUGUUUUUUGUUUGUUUCUUUUUCCUCUCAGAAUAACCCUAUUUAUAGCUGCCCAGGAGAGAAGCAUGUGUUGGGAGUGGAAGCGUAUCUGUUUGGCUCUCACGAGCCUUGAGCACUGGAGCAUCUCUGCCUGAGGCCACCCAGAACUUCAGGGCCCUCAGCUGUGCAGAGCCAGGGCAAUCCCCUCGGAGGUGCCGAAAGUGGAGGAGAGUAAUUCUGGUAACCUGGUGAAGCAGGAAGGAGAGGGGCUGUUGACUAAGCUGACCCUGCCGUCCUUGUGCGUCUCUGUGGCUCAUGGUUAUAGAUGCAGAUGGAACUGGUCGGUGAGCCACUGCAGGUAGGGGACCCUCUGCCCUUUCACGGCCUUCAUGUUUCUCCUGGCAUGCACAUGGAAGAGCUUCAGGACAAACUCUGAGCAUGGGCCAGAGAAGGCAGAGCAGCCUCGGAGAGGACAGUUCUCCAUGUAUGAAGCUGCUGCAGGGGCAAGAACCAGAUGUGUGCUGACACUGGCCACCUGCCUCUUAGAGUUGAAGUCCAGCUACUGUCUUUCAAAAGAAAGAAGAAUAAGUCCAAGCCCAGGCCCUGCACAUGCUCCACCUUUACCCAACUGUUGCUGUAAAGUCUCUAGUUUGCUCCUUCUAGGGCCCCCAGGGUUGUAGUCCUAGACAGUCACUAGCCACCAACUAACUCCUCAGGUCCAGCUCUAGGUGACUGCCAAGAGAUUCAACAAUUCCACACUAAAUAAUCUGACCCCCAGCUACACCAGCCAAACAGCCAAUGGCAAUCAAAGCCAGUUUCCUGGACGUCAGUUAGCCAACACCUUGGGGUGGGGUAGGGGUCUGCCGUCUGUCUGUCUAGGUCAGAGAGCUAUUGUAAAGCUGCCAGAUGGCUUCAUACAAGGGUGAGUGGGCAUUUGGUAGCAGUGUCUGCUUCCUCAGAAGUGCCACAGAACGGCUGGAAUCAACUUUGAGCAUCCUACUAGAAGCCAGGGUAACUUGUGAGCCCUCUCUCCCUGCCGUUGUGCCCAGCUCCUGGAAAGCCACACAGUGAUGCCCCUCCCCAAGUCGGCCAUUAGGAUAUGGUUCUCCUUGCUCCCUUUCCUGUCAUACCAUGCACGUGUCUACUUCCUCUGAUCACUUAUUGAAUGGCUGGUGGGACAGCUCAUGAGUUCUAUGGUACAGAGAGAAGAGGCCACUAGACCUAGCUGACAUCAAGACAGACAGAGGAAAUCGAGCGAGGACUGGCUACUACCAACCAAGUCAGCGGUUAGUCCAGGCAGAGCUGCUGGUGAACUUUCAGAGGAAACUGGCCCUGGGGCACCUAGCCUGGGGGCUCUGGUCGAUGGGACCAGGAUAACAACUCAGGGACUUUCUAGGACUGCACAGGUUAGGUGAGGUCUCUAGGAGGAAGUGGGGGAUGGGAAGAUGGUGUGAACAGAGCCUUCAUGAACUGACCUAAGAGCUUCUCAGCUGCGGUACCCACAGGCUACAUAACCAUGGCACCACAUUCUGCUUAGCACAGACCUGCCCUGAUCUGAGUUCCAACGUGGGACGUGGUUUCCAUGAGGGCUCCAAGCACCAAGCGACACAUCUCAAGAAGGUGCUUAGGUCUUCAGCAGCACAGUGGUGUCCUUAGCCCUCUGCCUCUGUACUGUCAGGCCAGCUAGUCCCUAACCCGGAGGUAAUUCUCAGAAUUAGGGGAAAACUGCCCAGAGCCUGGACUUCCGCUGCCCACUCUAAGCCUUUAGGAAUGCCCAGAGGAUUGCCACCAAGCUACCCAUACUUCCACUUCCCCGAAUGUGGAGGCAGAGAAGACUGAUUUGUUGCUUUGAGUUCAGGGGUACGGUCUCGCUUUUGGCUCUUACGAUUCUUUGUGAAUCCGAGAAGCAUUCCCCAGAUGCAUGUAGGGGAGACACCAAUGGGCUAGGACAUUGUAGCUCAAUAUGUCAGAAAAGGCUAGGGAGCGUUCGAGGAUUGGUAUUUGCUGCUGCGCCUCAAGACGGGAGUGGAGGCGAAGCGUGACUGGCUCCAAGCAGAAGAUUUAGCCUGCCUGGUUUCUUCCUCAAGCCCAGGAAAAGUGGAAGCAGACACCACCUUUACAGUGGACCCGUCUCCAGGGUAGAACAGCCAUUAUUCGGACUAGGAAUCCUUUAAGAAUUAGAAGGAGCAGAAACGCUGGUUCACGCUGGCAGCUCACCAGCACAGGACAAAUGGCAGGCCUUUGGACAAGCUACAAAUUUUGGUCUUGGUGAGCUGACAUUUCAGAGAAUAAUUAUCACGUGGAAGGCUUUUUUUUUUUUAGCGCAGAAGAGACCCUCAAAAUACUGUAUUUAUACCUGCCUUCCGCUAUGCGCUACAGCAAGCAUCUCACGGUCGACAACAACAGCAAACCAUGUGGUUCAUAGAGUAUUUUGCACUUGGGGAAAUUAUGUAUCUGAACUUGUAAAAAAGGAAUGUUUGGAUUUUGUAUUGUCUUUUUUAUAUUAUUAAAAUACUAAACGGAA